AGUCUUGGAAACGCAUUUGUAUUAUGCUCUCGUGCAUGCAUUGUUUACGUUUGCUUAUGGGCGUGAGUGGUUGAUGAGAGCCCUGGAACAUGUAAUUUUGCAACAUUACUAGUUUAUAAAACCGAGUAGCAGGGUACUGGAAGCGUAGCCUGUCUUCAAGUGCUGUUGGGACUAUGCUAGCACUGUGCUUGGUAUUGUGCGUUGUGGCAUCUGCCACCGGCUUGGGUCUACCUGAGUACAUACAAUCGUGUUCAAGAAAUGACCCCAAUUUGAACGCGUGUGCCCUAAAAUCGGCAAGAGAUUCUCUGCAUCAGUUCUCCAUGGGUGACGCGAGCAGGGGUCUAGACCCUCUGGACCCGCUUUUCGUUCCGGUGAUGACGGUCUAUGUACCCAAUGAGAACGGACUGAAACUUGUCUUUAGCGACAACUCGUUUAGCGGACUGUCAGUACUGCGACUUGAUGAUUUGAAGUUUGAUCUCAAUAAGAAGAUGAUAACGGCCGAUGCCUUGGUGAAUUUGGACGUCACAAGCAAAUACGAUCUUAGCGGAAAACUACUAGUGAUUCCUAUCAAAUCAGCUGGCGACUCCUCUAUCAAGCUUAAAAACGCUAAUCUUCACAUCCGCUUCUGGUACGAGCACAUCGAUGGUGACGAUGGAAAAGUUCACUGGAAAAUAACAAAACACGACAUUAAAUACGAAGUGGAAAAGGCUAGUUUUCGGCUAGAAAACUUGUUGAAUGAUAAAAAUAUUGGUGAUCAAGUGAACCGGUUCCUGAACGAAAUGUGGCGGGAGAUCGUGGCCGACGUGGGCCCGUCCAUCUGUCAGUCUCUCAGCGCGGCCGUAGUCCAAAACCUGGACAAACUCCUCACCCAAGUCCCCUACGACGACCUUUUGCCAGAAUAAUUGAUGUUGCUAAAAAACUAAUAAAUAAGCGUGGAAGUUUAAUAGCUCGUCAAAUUUUUUCCUUCUAGUGAUAUGUCAUUAACGGUUGGCUACUGCGUUGCACGGGGCCAAUAAGAAGCAAAUUCUCAAGUUCUCACGUGCGCUGCUUGCCGUCGCCGUGAAAUAAUAAAGCUCAAUAUUUAUAAAAAAUAUUAAUUAUU